UUAGCAUUAGUAAACUUAAGAGAGAAAAGAAACCAAGCCCCCUCAAAAGAAGAAGAAGAAGAGGAAGAAGAAGAAAGAUAGAAAGAGAAAGAGAGAGAGGGGAUUAUCAAAGAGAUGACAAGUUCAAUCCAAAUGAAUGACCUUGAAGAUCACAUGGCUCUUAUCUCCCAAAUGUACCCUGGUGUAUAUACUCAAAUUUCACCACAUCAAGGGGAAUCAAAGCCUCGACGCCGGCGGAAGAAGAACAAGGGAGGAGAAAACAGCCUGGCGGGGGCCAAAAAGAGGAAGCUUAGCCAAGAACAAGUUAAUCAUCUCGAACUUAAUUUCGGUAAUGAACAUAAACUCGAGUCUGAAAGAAAAGACCGGCUUGCUUCAGAGCUGGGACUUGACCCUCGCCAGGUAGCUGUUUGGUUCCAAAACCGAAGAGCUCGUUGGAAGAACAAGAAGCUCGAGGAGGAGUACAACAGGUUGAAGACAGUCCAUGAAGGUGUUGUUCUGGAUAAAUGCCGCCUUGAAUCCGAGGUUCUCAAGCUUAAGGAGCAACUUUGCGAGGCAGAGAAAGAAAUCCAACGGUUGACAGACCGAGUAGAUGGAGUUUCUAGUAACAGUCCAAGUUCAUCCAUGUCGAUGGAAGCCAUGGAUCCACCUUUCCUAGGGGAAUUUGGAGUUGAAGGAUAUGAAGAUGUUUUCUGCAUACCAGAAAACAGUUAUAUCCAUGGCAUGGAGUACUGGAUGAAUCUGUGCAUGUAAACUAGCUAGUGCAAUUUUAGUAUGUGUAGAUAAUGACAUCGAAUGUAAUUAUAAUCCUUAAUUAUCUUUCCCCCAUGCAGUGUUUUAAUGUUGACCGGAACU